AACAUCAUAAUAAUGACUUGAAAUUACUACUUAAAGACAAGAAGGAAAAAAUUAAAAUUGUAAAAAAUCAAGUUAAAGAAAUGAACAAAAAUAUCAACGCCAAACGUUCAAACAUCGCACUGCUAGACAGCAGACUCACUGCCAAUCUACAUACCAUCAAAAGUUACAUAGGCGAAUUAAUCCAGAUUGGUGCCAUUCAAAAUCUCAAUAUUAAUAAAAAGAACAUCACGAGGAUCUGCCUAAACAUAAUAAAUAAUGUCAUAGAAAAGCAGGAGGGCAGAAAAGAAACCGUUUGGGAUCCUCACACUGAUGAUGAUAAGAUGCAAAUAGCUGAUAACACUGUGGCAACGGAAAAUAGGGAGGAUGAGAAAUUAGAACUUCGAUUAAAUACGCAAGAAUUUAUCGAGCUUGAAAAUUUCCUCUUAU